AUGGAUAUCAACUCGCUGUUGUCCCCGCAGGACUCGCCGGCGCAAGAGACGCCUCCACCGCAUCCAGCGCUCGGUUCGCCGUCGAUACAGUCUGCAGGGAAGCGCGCGAUCCGGCAGAUACCCUCGCGCACAUCGUCCGGACUCAGCCAGCAGCUCACGUCUUCACCGCAACCCCACCUGUCCUACCACCAGCACAAGCAGCCCUCACCAGGUCUUACCUAUACCAAUGGCACCCGGGCGAUCCACAGCGCGACGAGCACGCCGCCAGAACGACCCAUCCAUUCUCCGCGCGAUGCACGAAUGACCCCUCCAAACCCGUUGCUUCGGCAAGCUUCGACUCCUGGUAUGGACACUUUGGCAGAUUUGGCGGCAAUGCAGCACCAGCAUGCAAGACAAAAUGCCGCUGCGCAAAGACCAACUUUCAGUCUCCAAAACAUCCCGCGCACGAUCUCCGGAAGCUCUACAACCGACAUGAGCAUGAGCGAAGCUUCGCCGCAGAUCAGAAACUUCGCGGCGCGUGCGCUUGCUCCGGAGCACGUCGAUUACCUCACACAGCUAGACAAGUCAUUGAGCGAGAACUCGUUGGAUUAUUACAGCCAUGUCAACUUUGUUACUACGCUCCACCAAGGCUUUCAGUACCACAUGUCCGCGAUUGACCCUGGAAAUCCGCAGUCUUAUGAGUUAUUAUCCAUACUUCAAGAGGCGGGCGCGAGCAUGGCCAAGAUGUAUCCGCUCGGGGAGACUCUGUGGCAAUACCGACUUGAGGAUGAGAAAGCAUUAGCUACUAACGUGGAGGACCACAUGGCUGUGCUCGAGCUCUACAAGUUGGCGACACAAGAUGAGCCGGCCAGCGCUAUGAUAUGGGUAGCCUACGGCGAGUAUCUCAGCCACCUAUUAGCCUGUUCCUGGGAGCAACACCCACCAGAACAGUGGCCUGAAGAGGAAAGGGCCAUAGGACGCGAACUGUUCACUCCCGUGCUACUCCAAGAUGUUUGGCGACAAGGCGCAGAGAACGUCAAGUUUAACCUCCAGGACAGCAGCCUUGUCUGGGAUCGCUACAUCCAAUUCUUGCAAGAAGAUCUCGACCGAAGCGCUUCAAACCAAGAGAAGCAGGAGAAAGCCAUGCGUAUCACCGCAAUCUACCGUGAGCGGCUUGGUCAGCCUCAUGCGACGUGGGGCGAGACAUUGUCAAAAUACGCCUCAUUUGUCUCGCGUAUUGGCGGGAACGCUGAGGAAGCCAUGGAGCAAGCCGUCCAGCAAAAUACGCAUAUCAAGCAGCAAUACACCAACCGCGAAGAGUUCGAGUUCAAGUUACUACAAGCUACUCAAGCAGGCGACAAAGACGCCGAGUACUACGCGCUUACCCGAUAUUUGAAAUGGGAGAAGAAGACAAUGGGCGUCUACAGCUUUCCUUUGGUCAACGCCUUAUUCGAGCGUGCCACACUUCGCUUCCCCGUAGACUCUACCUUGUGGGAAGAUCAUGUUGAGUUUCUGAUCUGGCAGCAAGACCGUUCAGUUGACCUUCUGAGUGUCCUCGAGCGUGCGACCCGUCAUUGCCCAUGGUCUGGAUCUCUCUGGUCACAUCGCAUACUGACGCUAGAAGCUGAGCACAGGGAGUUCAACGAGAUCGAAGGGAUUAAACAUACCGCGACACGAACUGGGCUGCUAGAGCACUCCGAUAUAGAAGAGCUUAUCAAAGUUCAGAUCGCUUGGUGCGGUUAUCUCCGGCGCAGAGCUUUUGAUGUCAAGGCUUCAGAAGAUGACGCGGAUAUUGCUGAAGUCGGUAUACGCUCGGCAUUGGAGUUGGUUCGUGAGGUCGGAAUGAAGAAGUAUGGCAGGGACUGGCCCGGUGACUCAAGAUAUCGUCUUGAGCGCAUUCACAUAAAGUUCUGGCUCCAGCGAGGCAACCCAGAAGAGUCGCGACAUAUUUUCGAUUCUCUCGUCAAGCACCAUAAGGAUUCGUACGACUUCUGGUACCGCUACUACAUCUGGGAGAUGGUUUUGUGGGCCAACAAUGCAACGCGGGACAAGAGCAAUGAAGGCCAACAGCUAUUGUUACCCACGCGAGCGACAGCUGUCCUUGAGCUCGGUAUGCAGCAACUCCAUACCAUCGACCAUCCGGAGCCGUUGAUUGAGAUGUACGUCAACCACUGCGAGCAACACGAAGGUGUGCUCAAAGUGCGGAGCGCACAGAUCGAGCGACGUCGCGCAGAUCGUAUUGUUGCCAUUAGGAAACAGAAGGAAGAGGCAGCGGCAGCAGCGAGACAAACUGAGCAGCAACAACACAACCACGCUGCAGACGGGUCCGGCAAGCGAAAGAGGGAAGAUGGCGCCGAUCCCGAUCCCGCCGUCAAGAAAACAAAACCCCUUGAGGCCGGGGAACCGCAACUUGUGGCGAACGAUGUCAGACAUGCAAGCGAGGCACCAUCUGAUGCAGGAUCUAUCAAUCAAAAGAGAGACCGCGAGAACACAUCCAUUAUUGUACAACGACUCCCCCAAAGCGCAACACAGACCAAGAUCCGCCAGUUCUUUAGCGACGCUGGUAACGUGCGCAAUGUAACCAUGAAGCCUGAAAAGGACAGCAUGGUCGCGAUUGUUGAGUUUGAAACUCCAGAAGAGGCAGACUAUGCUCUGAUAAAGGAGGCGAAGGGAUUCGAGGGACACGAUAUCACCAUCAAGCGCGGUCAAAAUACCACGCUGUAUGUCGCGAACUACCCUGCUCACGCUGAUGAACCAUACAUACGAAAGCUCUUCGAAACGUUUGGAGAGAUCCUGAAUGUCCGAUUCCCAUCGCUCAAAUACAAUACUCAUCGCCGGUUCUGCUACAUCCAAUUUGCGAAUGGCGACGAUGCGAUCGCAGCCACGAAGCUCGACGGCACAGACGUGGAGGGCUUAAAGAUCAUUGCAAAGAUCUCGAACCCGAAUGCGAAGAAGAAACGCGACGGUGCGACUGCUGAGGGACGUGAAGUAUACGUCUGGAAGCUCAACUUUAGGAUCAAGAAGCGCGAGAUACAAGAGGCCUUUGCGCAGUUCGGCAAGAUCGAUCGAGUCAACAUUCCUACCUUGGUAAACGGAAACAAUAAAGGGUUCGGCUAUAUCGUUUACGAAAGGAAAGAGGAUGCUGAUACAGCUGUCGCUGAAAUGAACGGCAAAGACUUCUGGGGAAUGGAACUGAAGGUAGAGAUCGCGCACGAUCGCGGCGACACGAAGCCGAAGGUCAAGUCAACGAUCGAAAACGCAGCAUCUCCAGCAGAGCGAGAAGCAACACCCGGCAAGCAGGAUGCGACAACGGGUACGAAAGGAGACCGGACCAUCGCGCUUCUCAACGUACCGGAUACUGUGAAUGACGUUCGCAUCAAAGCUCUCGCCGAACCUUACGGAUACAAGAAGAUCACACUCAUGCCGCAGCAUGGUGGCGCUACUAUAGAGUUCGAGACCGUGGAGCAGGCUGGUAAAGCUGAGAUCGCCCUCCAAGGCAUUAAAUUCGAGGGUAGGAACCUACGCAUUGGACGAUACAAGGAUCUGGUUGCGCAAAAGGGAGAGUGGAAGGCGGGAAACAGCUUCGUGCAGCCUACGCGCGUGAACAGGCCUACUGCUACUCGCGGCAGUGCUCGCGGUGGCCUUCGCGGCCGCGGGAAGCCUGGGCUAGGAUCAAGGCCAGUGGUGCCUCGAGCAACUGGUGAGGCUAAUGGGAGAGAAGCGAAGAGCAACGACGACUUCCGUGCCAUGCUACUGGGCAAGGAGAAGGCGUCAGAUGAAAAGACGGAGUAG